AUGAAGGAAAUGUGGCAAAUCGAGCACCCGUACGUCCCGUUCGACUAUUGGGCCAAGGAGAAUUUGACGUGCUGCCAGAAGACGCACAUCAAGCGCGCCGCCUGCUACGUGACGAUCCUCACGUUUCUAUUCGCCAUCUGCCAUGGGGCGGAAUAUUUUAUGAAAGUUUAUUUCGACGGGAAGGCGCUCGUCUUCUUCCCCCUGCUCCUCGUCUGCGGCCUGAUUCUCGUCUACGGGCUCUGGACGGAACAUCCGAACAUCCUCAUUUCAUAUAUUGUCCUGGUGGCAGGGUUGCUGGUGGCCCGAAUGGUGACAGUCACCCGCGUCUUGAUCACGCUUUUCGACCCAAAAUCAAAUUGGUCAUUGGAACCGACGUAUCGUGCUUUCGGUGUUGCCGACGAAAAGGGCGAAACUGUAACAUCCUAUGCCCUUUUCCACCUCGGCUACGCCAUUUUCUUCAUCGUCGUCUACGUGCUGUUCAUCUACAUUAUUGACAAAUGCCGCCGCUACUUCAUCCGCCUCGACGAGUUCAAGGAGUCCCAAGCCCACAAUCUCACCUAUAAGCGU